AUGACAGACAAAGACACCAAUCGACAAUCAAAACUCUUGACAGUCAGGAACAAACCAGUGAUAUACAAGGACCUCCCUUUCUAUGGUGCUUGCCGGGAUGUUGAUGACUUUCAGAAAUUGAAUCGCGUUGGCGAAGGCACCUAUGGCGUUGUCUAUAGAGUGCGGGACAGGAAAACAAAGCAAAUCGUAGCCUUGAAAAAGAUUCGCAUGGAGCGAGAAACGGAUGGCAUGCCCAUAUCGAGCUUACGGGAGAUCAGUAUCCUGAAACGCAUGUCGCACCAAAACAUAGUCAAUGUCACCGAUGUGGCAGUUGGGCCAAAGCUUGAAUCCAUAUUCUUGGUCAUGGAGUAUUGUGAGCAGGAUCUUGGAACGCUCUUGGAUAUGGUGCCCACUCCGUAUACACCAUCUGAAGUCAAAUGCCUGAUGUUGCAAUUACUUCGCGGUCUCGAGCAUUGUCAUAAUCACUCAAUCAUUCACAGAGAUUUGAAGAUGUCCAAUUUAUUGCUCACUUCAACCGGAUUACUCAAGAUUGCUGAUUUCGGCCUUGCACGUACGGUGGGAUUAUCCUCAAGGCCAAUGACACCCAAUGUUGUCACUCUAUGGUAUCGGUCACCCGAGUUGUUGCUAGGAGGAUCUAUAUACACUACGGCAGUUGAUCUAUGGUCCGCAGGAUGUAUUCUCGGUGAAUUGAUGCAGCAUCGUCCAUUAUUACCUGGUAGCACGGAGCAAUCACAGCUCAACUUGAUUGUCAACUUGCUGGGCACUCCCAAUGAAAACAUUUGGCCAGGCUAUACAAGUUUACCAUUGGCGGAUACGUUCAAUUGGCCAAAACAAGAUUACAACAAUAUCAAAUUGAUGUUCCCGAGAUACAGCGAAAACACGACCUCCUUAUUAGCGGAACUACUCACAUACAAUCCCAAGACGCGGUUGACGGUGAAACGAGCUCUAGCACAUCCUUAUUUCAGUGAAUCACCACGGGCACAAGAUCCAUCGUUGCUGCCAACAUACCCUGAGAUCCGAAACGAGAUUUCUGAAAAAGAAAAAUCACGAAAGGCCCAUGAGGAUGAGAGGAAGAAGCGAGCGUCUCGUGCUAUAGAUGGUGAUGGUGAAAGUGAAAUAUUUGGAUCACAGUAUAAGAAGAAGAAGGUUUAA